CUAGGUCAUCUAUGUCACAAGGAGGCUUGCUUUCAAGACUCGGAGGGAAAACAUGUAAACUAAUCAAACAUCCAGAAGUGCUAAUACCGUACCUAGGGUACCGAACUUUUGACGAUUUGAAGCUGAACACAGGAGGAUGUCAAUGUUGAAUCAAGCUGCGGUGGAGGCUUUGUGCUCCGCUACAUAUCUGGAGAACUAUUUUGACACUAUGGAAAAUUUGCCGGACGAUUUACAGAAAAUCGUUACUCAGCUUCGCGAACUGGAUAUUCAAUGUCGAGAUAUUCUCCAGGACAUUGACAACCACCAGGAAGUGUAUGGUAAGGAACCAGAGGGGCCAACUAAGAAGAAAGCUCUCCUGGCCAUACAGAGGGCACUCAUCAAGUGUCAGGAGAUUGGGGAUGAAAAGCUUCACUUGAUGGCCAUGAUUAUAGAACAUAUCGAUAACAGGGGGAGACAACUAGAGCAAGACAGAGAAAAUUUAGAUCCUAUGUUUGGGAAAGAAACAGAAAAAGAAGAAAAGGUAACAAUGUCAGCAACAACAACAACAACAUCAUCCAACGCAACGACAACAACAUCAUCUAAACCCAUUAUCCAACACACAGAUCCAAAACCUGAAAAAGUAGCGGUGAAACGACAGCGACGACAGAAAACAAAUGACACUGUCAUUAAAGAAGAGGAAAAGAAGCAAGAAGAAAAGGAGAAAGUGCCUAAGAAAAAGAAGAAACGCAAGACAAAGAAAGAGAAAGAUCAGGCCCCAACAUCACCCAUUGAGCCUCCGAUUGAUCCAGAUGAGCCAACAUAUUGUCUGUGUGAUCAGGUGUCAUAUGGAGAGAUGAUCGGUUGUGACAAUGAUGCAUGUGUCAUCGAGUGGUUCCAUUUUAACUGUGUCAAUCUUGUCAACAAACCCAAGGGCAAGUGGUACUGUCCGAACUGUCGCGAAAAUACCAGCAAGGUCAUGAAAAAGUUUGACAAGUGAUCAGCUCAGUUUUUUUAGUUUUUUUUCAGUAUGGUUAAUUAUGUUCUCACUUUUUUAUGGUCUUUUUCCAGCUGAUUUGAUAGAAAACAGGGUGUGUGUGGCUAUGUACUGUCUGUCACAUCCAAUUAACACCUUAAGUGCUCAGCAUUUCUGUGCAAAGCAAUGAAAAAUAUGUUUUUGGGAUCUCAGCUAGUUUAAGUCACAGUACCAACUUCAAGUCAAAUUGGCCAGAGAUGUGGACUUUUGUGCCAUUACGACGAAACAUAAUAAGUAGAAGCUGACAUGGUUAUUUCUACAUUACUUUCAUCGUGUGACUGAAAUAUCUUGUUUCUGCAAUGUUACUGCAUACAGUAUAAUUUGCAUAAAAAUAUUGACACAAUAGAAAUAAUUACAGUUUGAUAUUAAAUAUUAUGGGUUAUGCUAAGAUAUGUUUAGCUAUCCAACCAAACUGAUCUAGCACUAAAAGUGUCAUAAUAAAGGGGUUGAUAUAUUUUCUUUGACAAGUUUUGUUAUAAAAGGGUUGUUUUAUUAGACUUGUUGAAUAGUGUCUUUAUCAGGGGUGAUAUAACAGGUCUAGACAAUAAGGGUAACCCGAUAGUCUGAGACUAGUAAAAUAUACAGAUUGAAUAGUGGUUCUAAAAACUCCUUGUCCUUGUUUUAUAUUUUCAUGGGAAAAUUGUUAUGACAAAAAUCAGAACCCCUUAAAAAAAAUCCCCAUUCAGUGUGUAUGAUAUAUACCUGUUACCUGUUGAUGAGGUCUUUCAGUUUAAGCUUGUGAUUCUUUGACCUAUCACUUGUUUUCUGUCCAGUUCUAAUAGAGAUAUGAAGGGGGUAUGCAUGUCUACUAUGAAGGUUGACAUGUUCCUCAGGUGCUCUUACUUCUAUGUAUUUUCCUUUCCAUACACAUACCACAAUAUUUGUCUCUCUGUUUAUUAAUGGUUGUUUCUACAAAUAAAUGUUUCUCCUACUGCAAUAAUAAAUUGGAGUUAGUGUUUAACAAAGAAAGUAUAAAGUGCUUUGCAAGUCCAUCUUAGAUCUUCAUACCGAUGGCCUGGUACGUAUACAUAUAAAUGUAUGUAUAUUCAGGCUACCAAUGCGAACGAUUAAUAUACAUCUAGGGAUUGAACAGAGGUUACUUUAACAAUCAUUCCCAUAUAAACACCAAAUGGCUACAUCUGUAUGAAUGUUGAAAA